UGGCGGGUAGUAAAUCGCUAACUUCACAAACCCUAAACCCAUUAUUAGGGUUUUUUUUCUUUCCAUUUUCUCCUCCAAAGCCAUUCAUUUUUAAACUUAAACCAAGAAAUCCGCUAAAAUGGGCGAAGCCAGCCAAUCAGGAGAAAAGAAAGCUGCAGCAGACUUUCAAGAGGAUUCAAGAGCCCCUUUAAUCGAACUAAAUUCCACAGAUUCUACUGAGUUGUGGCUCAUACAAUGGCCUAAAGAUCAAGUUCCUAAUUUCGAUGGGCAGCAGAUACCGUUGGAUCUUCUCCGUGAUAAGGGGAAGCUGGGAUCUUUUGAAGUUUCAUCUGGGAAGUCGUAUGAUGUUGUCAGUCAUGCAGCAGAUGAACCAGCCACGGUGUUUCUAUCUUCUGCAGGGGAUUCGAAAAUAGUUGGUAAGAUCACAAGGCGGGUUUCUUUUGUUCAUUAUUUGGAGCCCAGUGAAGUUCCGAAAGAUGAUACCAAGAAGCUAAAGCAGCUUCAUGAAAGGUCUGCUGCAACUUCAUUGACAAAUUCUGUUUAUACCUAUUCAACUCCUGCAAAGAGUAGAAGACCAGGACCAUCAAGUGGCAGAGCCUCUACUCAUAGUAGCGGGCAUAAAAGCUCAAUAUCUGAAGAAAAACCCCGAUCCAAGCAUUCAAAGCGUAGGUCUAGUCAGGUGGACUCGGGAGGACAUUCUGAAGAGAAGAAAGAAAAGAAGAGAAAGAAAGAUGUUGCUUAAGAUAUGUUAUUUGUGAGAUCAGAUUAUUAAUGUUUACUUGUAAGAGCUUUUUUGUGGGGGUUAGCUACCUAAAAUUUUCGAGCGUUAUCAGUUUCUUUGCCA